UCCACCUCAAAUAGCGACUCUCAGCUCAGCUCACGGCAUUAACUUGCACCGCCUCUGUGUUCAUUUCUCAAACUCUAAUCAUUAACUCACACAAGAGCUGGAGCUUUCAAACAUUUCAAACCGGAGGAAGAAGUCGAGUCUAAAGCAUCGCACACGACUGAGGUGAGACGCUGUGAUCUUCAUCAUGAAGGAUUCAUGGACUUUCUGUUUCACACCCAGAGCUGUGAUUUUGAGAUCCAACAGCAUUUGUGCUUCGUGAGAUUGAUGAUUAAUUGUGGCGAUAACGGCGCAGAUAAGCAGGACUAAAGUCAACAAGUCCAAGAGUGAAUGUCAAACAGACGACUGACAUCAUGGAUCAGAAUGAGGAAGAGCAGAGAGACUGGAAAGAGCUGGAGCCGACUCACGAGGUGAAGGUCUUCCUCACAGUGCUGUACAGUCUCAUUCUCAGCCUUGGCAUUGUGGGAAACAGUGUCACCAUUCAUGUGGCGCAGGUGCUGCAGCGGAACGGCUACCUGCAGAAGAACGUGACGGAUCACAUGGUGAGUCUGGCCUGCUCUGAUCUGCUGGUGCUGUUGAUCGGGAUGCCGGUCGAGCUCUACAGCGCCAUCUGGUUCCCGUUCACGUCCUCGUCUGGUGACGCCUCCUGCAGGAUCUACAACUUCCUAUUCGAGGCGUGCAGCUAUGCCACCAUCCUGAAUGUGGCUACGUUGAGUUUUGAACGUUACAUGGCCAUUUGCCAUCCAUUCCGGUAUAAAGCCUUGGGCGGCAGCCGUACGACGAAGCUCCUGUUGUCCGCGUGGCUCUGCUCGGCCCUCAUCGCUCUGCCAUUGCUCAUCACCACAGGAACCGAAGGGUAUGUACCCAAAGGCCGCCAGAUGCCAGUGCAGAACCUGACCUUCUGCACCAACCUGAGCCAGCACUGGGUCAUGUAUCGCACCAGCAUCUUCACGGCGUUCGUGCUUUAUCUUCUCGUCCUGGUCGGUGUGGCCUUAAUGUGCAGAGCCAUGAUUGUAGUUCUUCGGGCCCCAAUGGGGCCUAAUGAAGCCGGCGCAAAUGGAGCUGGACGGGAUGCUCCCAAACACGAGAGCGCCCGUGUGAAAGCAUCCCGUAAACAGACCAUCCUCUUCCUGGUGCUGAUCGUCUGCGCUCUGUUCGUGUGCUGGAUGCCAAACCAGAUUCGCAGGCUAAUGACAGCAGCGUUGCCCAAGUCAUCGUGGACCGCAAGCUACCUGAGGAGCUACGUGAAGCUGCAUCUGGUGGCCGACAGCUUCUUCUAUCUGAGCUCGGUGCUGAAUCCGCUGCUGUAUAACCUCUCCUCGCGCCAGUUCCGCUCUGCUUUCUGGCAGACGCUCCUGUGCCGUCUGUCUCUUGUGCAUGUCAACAGAAGAACACUGGAAAGCAGUCUAGCCUCAAAGAGCUCCAGGCACACAUUACGCCCCCUGCUGCGGCGAUCUCUAAACCGCAUAAGGACAGCCACCAGUGACAGAUCGACGCCUCCAUUGUCAGAAGAGAGACAAAGUACUCCAAACCCCACAGACCGGCCACCGAGCGCAGAUGCGCUGACCUCUGAACCACAGGAGGAGGAGAGAAAUCAAGACAGCACACUACCUAAUACUAACUGAUGAACAAACUAACUAUAACUAACUGUAGACCACAGUAGAACACUGAAGACUGCUGUAGACCACUGUAGAUCACUGCAAGCCACUGUUGAACAUUGUAGAAUACUGCAGACCACUUCAGACCACUGUAGACCACUGUUGGCCACUGUAGACCAGUGUAUAUCACAGCAGACCACUUCAGACUGCUGUAGAACAUUUUGUAGAACACUGUAGACCACUUCAGACCAAUGUAGAUCACUGCAAGCCACUGUUGACCACUGUAGACCACUUCAGACCUAUGUAGAUCACUACUGCAGACCACUUUGGACCACUGUUGACCACAGUAGACCACUGCAGACCACUGCUGACCACUGUAGAACACUGCAGACCACUAUAGACCACUUCAGAUCACUGUAGAUCACUGUAGAACAGUAUAGAACACUGUAGGUCACUGUAGACCACUAUAGACCACUUCAGACCACUGUAGAUCACUGUAGACCACUGUAGAUCACUGUAGACCACUAUAGACCACUAUAGACCACUUCAGAUCACUGUAGAUCACUGUAGAACAGUAUAGAACACUGUAGGUCACUGUAGACCACUGUAGACCACUAUAGACCACUUCAGACCACUGUAGAUCACUGUAGACCACUGUAGAUCACUGUAGACCACUAUAGACCACUUCAGACCAAUGUAGAUCACUGUAGAUCACUGUAGAACACUGUAGAUCACUGUAGAUCAAUGUAGACCACUGUAGAUCACUGUAGACCACUGUAGACCACUGUAGAUCACUGUAUACCACUGUAGACCACUGUAGAUCACUGUAUACCACUGCAGAGCAUGGUAGACCACUUCAGACCACUGUAGAUCACUACUGCAGACCACUUCGGACCACUGUAGACCACAGUAGACCACUGCUGACCACUGUAGAACACUGCAGACCACUAUAGACCACUUCAGAUCACUGUAGAUCACUGUAGAACAGUAUAGAACACUGUAGGUCACUGUAGACCACUGUAGACCACUAUAGACCACUUCAGACCACUGUAGAUCACUGUAGACCACUGUAGAUCACUGUAGACCACUAUAGACCACUUCAGACCACUGUAGAUCACUGUAGAACAUGGUAGACCACUUCAGACCACUGUAGAUCACUACUGCAGACCACUUCGGACCACUGCAGACCACUGCUGACCACUGUAGAUCACUGUAGACCACUGCAGACCACUAUAGAACACUGCAGACCACUAUAGACCACUUCAGAUCACUGUAGAUCACUGUAGAACAGUAUAGAACACUGUAGAACAUGGUAGACCACUGUAGAUCACUGUAGAACACUGCAGACCACUAUAGACCACUUCAGAUCACUGUAGAACAGUAUAGAACACUGUAGAUCACUGUAGACCACUGUAGACCACUUCAGACCACUGUAGAUCACUGUAGAUCACUGUAGACCACUGUAGAUCACUGUAGACCACUAUAGACCACUUCAGACCACUGUAGAUCACUGUAGAACAUGAUAGACCACUUCAGACCACUGUAGAUCACUACUGCAGACCACUUCGGACCACUGUAGACCACAGUAGACCACUGCUGACCACUGUUGAGCACUGUAGAUCACUGCAGACCACUGUUGACCACUGUAGACCACUUCAGAUCACUGUAGAACAGUAUAGAACACUGUAGAUCACUGUAGACCACUAUAGACCACUUCAGACCACUGUAGAUCACUGUAGACCACUGUAGAUCACUGUAGACCACUAUAGACCACUUCAGACCACAGUAGACCACCGCAGACCACUGUUGACCACUGUAGAUCACUGUAGACCACUUUGGACCACUUUGGACCACUGUAGAUCACCGUAGACCACUUUGGACCACUUUGGAACACUGUAGAUCACCGUAGACCACUGCAGACCACUGUAGAACAUGGUAGACCACUGUAGAACACUUCAGACCAAUUUAGAACAUUUUGUAGACCACUUCAGACCACUGUAGAACACUGUAUAGACCACUGAAAAGCGCUUUAGAACAUGCUGUGGAAUGCUGAAGACCACUGUAGAACAGUGUAGAAAACUGCAGACCACUGAAGGCCACCAUAGACCAGAUGCCGGAGUUUGCAAGCUUUAAUCACGAUGCAGGACAAAAAGCAGCACAUGGGUCAAAUGUGAAAUAAGAGUGAGAGGCCAAGAAACUACCCUAAUGAAACCAAGAAAAGCUCAGAAUUACAAUAAAGCCACAUAAAACCUGUUUAAUAAUCUUUCAGGAAACAAAGAUUUUUUAAACAAAGUCAA